AUGAUUGCUAGUAAUGAUGAUUCUGCAGUAAAGAUUCUUAAAGACACACUUCAUCAGCAUUUCAAGAUCAAGGAUUUGGGAGAUUUGCGCUUCUUCUUGGGUCUUGAGAUUGCUCGUUCUGCUGCAGGAAUCUCUGUAUCUCAGCGCAAAUAUGCUCUGAAUCUUCUUUCUGAUGCUGGCUUGUUAGCUUGCAAACCGUCUUCGGUUCAAAUGGAUCCUGUCGCCAAACUCAGUAUCAAAUCAGGCACUCUCUUGGAUGAUCCUACUCCUUACCGUGCCUUGAUAGGGCGUUUGUUGUACAUGACGAUAACUAGGCCUGACAUCACCUAUUCUGUUCAUAAUCUGAGCCAGUUUAUGUCUGCUCCUACAAACGUUCAUCUUCAGGCAGCUCACAGGAUCCUUCGCUAUACCAAAAACAACCCGGAUCAAGGUCUUUUCUACUCUGCUUCAUCUGAACUCUGUCUUAAUGCUUUCGCUGAUUCUGAUUGGGGAGCUUGCCCAGAUAGUCGCCGUUCUAUCACUGGCUAUUGCAUUUAUCUUGGUAGCUCCUUAAUCACCUGGAAGUCGAAGAAACAUGAUGUUGUUAGUCGAAGCAGUAUAGAAGCAGAGUACCGAAGCAUGGGUCAUGCGACUUGCGAGCUGUUAUGGUUUCAGCAACUUUUCACGUUUCUUGGCAUCACGGUCACAACUAAGGCGAAACUCUUCUAUGACAGCAAGUCUGCGAUCUACAUUUCUACAAAUCCGGUGUUCCACGAACGUACCAAGCACGUGGAGAUCGACUGUCACACCGUCCGUGAUCAAGUCAAAAACGGCUUUCUCCGGUUGAUGCAUCUUUCAAGCUCUAAUCAACAGGCUGACAUCCUCACGAAACCACUUCAACCGGGGCCUUUUACGUCUAUCCUCCAUCGUAUGUCCACUUCAAGCCUCUUCACUCCAUCAUCAGAGUCCAUACCUUCCACUUCAUCGGCUUGA